GAUCACCAAUUUCGGCUCUCCAUGGAAGUUCCUGGAUUGAGGAAGAAGAUCUGUCUCUCGUCAAAAGCAUGGGGGCCUUAGAGGACAGAGAAAUCCCUGGGGAGUGCACCAUAGGUGCUCCCCAGCUGCUGGAGGAGGAUGUCGACAACCUCUUCCCCCACAAGUGGACGGAAGUUUUCCAGGGUCCCGGAGAGGAGCUUCUGUGCGAGAGUCAGACUGUCUCCGUCACCCCGCCCAAAAAGCCCCUCCGGUGGUCCGUGCAAGGGCUGCCUGAGACACAGAAAGAGGAUUCGGUCACAUCAGCCGAAGCUCACACCGGCCCCUUUAUCUGCUGCGAGUGUGGAGAAGGAUUUGUGGACAGGCAGCUCUUCACCAGCCACCAGAAGACCCAUGGCGGAAGCGGGGCGUACCUUGUGCCAGAGCUUAAAGGAAACCCAGAGAUUAAGCUCACCCCCUUCUCUAUCCAGAGGGCCUCAACUCCUGCUCGUCCCAAGGUGCACAAACGCCCUGAGCCACAGAGGAGCCCAACCGCGAAACCCACUGCAGUGAAACGGCCCGGGAAUCACAUGGUGGAGCGUCCAUACACAUGCACCCAGUGCAAGGAGAGCUUCAAGCUGGAGGUCAGCCUGCUCCUUCACCAGAAACUCCACGCAGGGAAGGGAGACGGGCCGCUGACCUGCACCUACUGUGGCAAGGACUUCCGGGACCUCUCCAAAGCCGUGCGUCACCAACGGAUCCACACGGGUGAGCGGCCAUAUCAGUGCACAGAAUGUGGGAAAAGCUUCAUCCGGCGGGACCAUCUGCUGAAACACUGGCGUGUCCACACGGGCGAGACGCCCUACCAGUGUGCCACCUGCGGGAAGAAUUUCCGCUACAAGGAGUCACUGAACUGCCACCAGAAAAUCCACACCCGCAACCCCACCGUGCACCACCUGAUGUUGGGAACGCAAGCGGGGCUGAUGGGCCUGAAAACCGAGCAGCCGUAGCGUUGUUCGUGCCCAGCUGAAAGGGACGUGCCAGCCUUUGGGGAGUGCCCCCUUGGGGCGGUGGUGGGGUAUGUACUCUUGGGGACACAGGAGCGUUGAUUACCUCCUCUGUCCUGCACUGGGCACACCUGCUGGAUGCCGACACAUAAGCUGUGUGCUCCUCCUGUGCAAGGGUCAUGCGCCAGUUGCAUUUGAGUGGGCUGCAAAGGUCUUGUAGCCCACCCAUCCUUCACCUCCUUGCAUGCCUGGGAGAGUUAAGACAGGGCUUGCCUCCUGUUGCUCUCCAGCCCCCCCCUCAAAUUCCACUCAUUUCUUUGCCACGUACACUUGCCCAUACGAGUCUGCCUUGCGACAUAUACCCUCUACACAUGUAUCAAUGUACUCCAGAUUGCACAGUGCACUGCAGAGGUUGGCAAAACGGCGUUGGGCCAUAGCGAAAAGCAAAUUGGUUGUCCUUCGACCCUGCCUAGGAUGGGCGUCCCAGUCCUCCCACACCUCCGUAAAACUGGAAACACCCAUUUCCCAGGUCCUUGUUCUUAAUUGGCGUGUCUGUCCCUCUUCUCUGUUUUACUUUUAAAACCGUGUUUGGUCCUUUGCCGAGGGCGCGCGUCCAAGCGAGAACAACUUCAGCCAGUGGUCCUGGCGGUUCUGCUCUUGAUGCCCAGCUCUUACGUUGUGUGGUUUCACAGUGUGAUGUCCCAGCAGAAUUUUGUGUUGCCUGUUCUCGCACUCUCCGGGAUUGCAGAGAUCUGCCCUCCAUCGUUGUGGUGGUGUUGGUUAUUUUUUCCCCCCCAAGGUAUCUGUAAAUAUCGGUUGAGUUAGCUAUGAACUGCCCUGUUGUUGAAUUCAAUUGUCGGCCGAAGUGAUUGUGAGAAACCAGCUUUUCUUCUGUGUGACGUCCGGUGUUUGGUCUGUGGCUACAAUUUUGCGGGCGGUUGUUGGUUUUUGUAUCCCUUCCUUGGCAAAACAUGUCAGUUCGGUGUGUCUC